AUGGCCAGCAAAGGCCAUCCCGAACGAGGCCGCUCUACCGUCACCCGGAAUGAAGCAAUUGCUCAGGAAUCGGCCACUCAAUCCUCUAUCGAACCGUCGGGACGCCCCUCUGCCCGAGCACGGCCUUCGUCGAGUCCUUCAUCGAACAAUGAGAAGUCGAGAUCCAAGUUAGAAAAAUGGACUUUGGGAAUUCUGAAUGACAAGGAAACCGAGGAGGUGCCCGGGACAGUCCUGCUGCUCUCCAAGACCCGCAACGAACCGCUAGGUCUGGAAUAUCAACAUGGCGGCCGGAACAGGAGCAACUCUUCGAUGCCGGCCCAGCCACUGUCACCCAGACGUCCUUCUGUGGGCCCUAAGAAGAAGACGAAGGACGGGGCAGUGAUACUGGACCCCCAGCCAGAUGACUCGCUGAACGAUCCCCUCAACUGGCCGACCUGGCGCCGGGACACCGCUCUUCUUACUCUCGGAUUCUAUUGCAUGAUCGGCGGCGGCAUGACGCCCAUUCUGGCGGCUGGCUUCAACAACGUCGCCGACGAUUUUGACGUCUCGUAUUCGCAAGUUGCUUUGACGACAGGUUUGUACAUGAUGGGGAUGGGGGUGGGUAGUGUUAUCUUCUCGCCAACAGCUAUCCUAUACGGGAAGCGUCCGGUCUACAUUGGCGGCGCUGUGAUGUUUGUCCUAAGCUCUGUCUGGUGUGCUCUGGCACCCAACUAUGCCCACUUGGCCACCGCGAGAGUCUUCCAGGGUAUAUCUGUGAGUCCGGUGGAAUGCUUGCCAUCUGCCACUAUUGCCGAGAUCUUCUUUCUCCAUGAGAGAGCUUUUCGCGUGGGGAUAUACACGCUUUUGCUGCUAGGAGGAAAGAAUUUGAUACCACUCGUGAGCGCUGUCCUAAUCGAUGCAAAAGGGUGGAGAUGGGUAUUCUGGGUCGUGGCCAUUGUGGUGGGCUUCGGCGGCGUCCUCCUCUUUUUCUUCGUUCCUGAAACCUUCUGGGAUCGCACUCCGAGACCUAAGUCGAGGCGACCCACUGCUCAUCGAACCCUGUCCAACCUCCUCCAUCCCCGGCACAACAAAACCACUGCGGACGAAGAGCCACCUCUGGGUCGACCCGAAAGUACCGUUGCUGUUGAGAAACCCUUGACCGCAAGACAGCAUAUGUUGCUUGACCAAAACGCACAUGCUCGAUUUGAGGAUAGCCUAGAAGACGAGAAGACGGCACGGCAAGAUGACAAAGACACCACUGAAAUAUCCAACACUGCCCCUUCAAUAAGAAGCACUUCAAGUGCUCCUAGGACCCCUGAAAAGAACAGUGACGCGGCACCCAUGACGGACGGCACCAAUGAGGGCAACAGCUCAGAGGCAGUCAGUCAGGGCUCACCGCCACCAAGGGCCCCAAUACAACAACCGGCGCCCACUGCUCUUCCUCGCAAAAAGUUCAAGCCCACUGGUCUGGCUAUGCCGCCGAAACCGGAUACGCGCACCUUCUCAGGGCCUUGGGAUGGAACUCAGAAUAGUAAACCAAUCGGACUACCGGCAGGCUUCAUGCCUCCUUCUGGUCUUGCUAAUCUUGGACAAUCGUCUCCUGACCAUGACUUAUCCGUUCCACAUCUUCACAACCUCAAUUCCCCAUAUUACGUUGAAUUGGAAAAGGGCGGCGACUACCUCAGCCAUCAUGAGGCUCCCGAACCGCACCACGAAGAGUUCAAAGAGCAAAGGUCCGAAUUGGCACGACUGGACACCAAUGUGACGCUGCCUGGCUCCAAAUACGGUCAUUCUGACCUAGAGAAGUCAAGAUCGGGGAGCAUUGAGGAAGGGAUCCAUUCUCCCAAACUUGCUCGCUACACAACAGAACUUCGACAUUCGCCUCCAAAGUCGUAUGUCGAGACACUCCGGCUUUGGAACGGAAGGCUCUCCAAAUCGAGCUGGUUUCUGGUGGCUCUUCGGCCAUUCAUCUUGUUCGCGUACCCCAGUAUUCUAUGGUCGACACUGGUGUACUCGCUGUCGAUUGGGUGGCUUAUUGUGCUGUCUGAAUCCAUCUCGGAUAUCUACAAGAGCCGGGACAGCUACAACUUUACUUCCCUACAAGCCGGACUGGUCUACGUCUCGCCGUUUGUGGGCGGCAUUCUGGGUACAGCAGUCGCGGGAAAGGUGUCCGAUAUCAUCGUCCGGUACAUGUCUCGGAAGAACGGCGGUGUGUACGAGCCGGAAUUUCGACUCGUCAUGGCAAUCCCCGUGGCCAUCAGCACAGCCAUCGGCCUGAUGGGUUUUGGCUGGUCGGCAGAAGAGAGGGAUGCUUGGAUCGUGCCCACCGUCUUUUUCGGAGUCAUCUCAUUUGGUUGCUCCCUGGGAUCGACCACGGCAAUUACGUUCUGCGUGGAUUCCUACAGGCAGUAUGCUGGUGAAGCUCUCGUGACUCUGAAUUUCAGCAAGAACAUUUUCCAUGGCUUGGUGUUUAGUCUGUUCUUUGCGAGCUGGUUGGAGCACGAAGGACCGAAGAGCACAUUUCUGGCCAUCGGCGGCAUUCAGAUUGCGUGCAUGUUCCUCACGAUACCCAUGUACAUUUACGGCAAGAGGGCUCGGAUGUGGACCGUGCGCAAGGGCUUCAUGGAGAAGUUUUGA